AUGAGAAUAGACGACGACGACGAACAGCGGUUGUUGAAAUACUUGUUUACCAACUACAAUCCACAAUUGCGGCCUGUCGAGAACAAGUCAGACCGCGUCACUGUCACCUUUGGCAUUUCUCUUCACCAGAUCAUUAAUGUAGACGAGAAGAAUCAGCUCUUGCAGACCAGUGUAUGGGUCAGACAGGUUUGGAACAAUCCUUUCCUUGUUUGGAACCAAACAGACUUUGGUGGAAUAAAAUCCGUCAAUGUUCACUCUUCACAGGUCUGGAUACCAGACAUCUACCUAUACAAUAACGCUGACCACGAACGUGAGGGUGGAAUGGAUCAGUUUCAUACACAGAUAGUAAUCAACUCAACUGGUUGGAACAUGUGGCUAACACCUGUGAUCCUGUACAGCUCUUGUAAGAUGGACGUCAAGUAUUUCCCUUUCGAUACCCAGGCUUGUGAUCUGAAAUUCGGUUCCUGGACGUACGAUGGUUUUCGUGUGGACAUGGUACCAGAGGCACUCCUUGCAGACACGACAAAGUUUGUCAGCAACGGCGAAUGGGAACUCAUCUCGUUUCCAGCAAAGAGGAAUGUAAUCUAUUACGUUUGUUGUCCAGAGCCCUACCCGGAUGUUACUUACACCCUGAGAAUACAGAGAUUGGCUUUGUUUUAUUACAUGAAUCUGAUCAUACCAUGUCUGCUGAUAACAGUGUUGACAGUAACGGCUUUCUACCUUCCCCCUGAUUCUGGUGAACGUAUCACGUUGGUGAUCACAAAUCUGUUAGCCAUGACUGUGUUCAUGUUGCUUGUGGCAGAUAUCAUGCCAUCAACUUCAGAAGUGAUACCAGUCAUAUCAAUAUACUUUAGUGGUGCGAUUUUUGAGGUUUCACUGGCUCUUCUCGCCACGUGCUUCAUUCUCAAGUGCCAUUUUCACGAUCCUGCUUCAUCAGACAUGCCAGUUUGGAUUCGACACAUUGUCUUCAAUUGGAUGGCACAAUUACUCCGUGUUAAAGUCCCUCGCCAUAGAAAACAGGACAUACAAGAACUAGGUGAUGUUACUUUUCUGCGCAGAAAUAAAAUUGCAAUGGAGUACAGAGUAAAUGAAAAAACCAAGAUUGAGAACGCUUCCACAUACAAAGCUUCAUCCCCAGACCACAGCCUGGCUACACGCCAUAACGAUAUUCACUCACUUGUCAAACGGAUUUCUCAUUCAAAAGUCUUAAAAGGAAAUUAUAAAUCAGGGCCUGGACUAAGGGAGCAGGAAUCUAUCCCGAGAAUGUCCGUCUCGCAGGUGGAAGAUUGGUGCAUACAAUCCAGCGAUGUGAGUCUAAGCAGUAAUGAAGAUCAUGGAGUAGAGCAGCAUAACUCUGAGACGGGAACAGAUGGCGAGGUCAGGAAGCCUUUAAACAACGGCGACAGGCGAAUGGAAGAAAUGCUGAAAAUGCAGGAGAAGCUGCUGGAAUGUGUUCAAAUUCUGACCAAAGAAGUAGCCAAAAACGAAGAUGUGCAGGAAAAAAAAGACGAGUGGAACACGGUGGUCGCUAUUUUGGAUCGUGCUUUUCGUAUGUUAUUUUUAAUUAUGUUCUUUCUGUCUACAUUAACAAUCUUUUAUUUUUCCAUGGUUUAG